ACCAUUAUAAUUUUUCAACUAACUUUAAUUCGAGUUAUUUCCCAUGUUUUAUCUCAAAAUUCAUUAGAUUUAUCAAAGAAUAUCAAUGACAUACUUGAUAAAUUAAUUAAAUCAGAUUAUAUUGAGGAUUAUUUAGCAACAAAUGAUUGUUUUUUGCAACCAUACUGUCAUGAAAACUUAUUUAAAAAUGUCGCUCAGAAAAUGGAUGAGGAGAUACUCUAUUAUACACGAUUUUUGAAGCGUAUGAAUGUGGAUAUGGAACAUUAUUUGAGAACUCAAUUUUUCCCCUCUUACAAGGAGAACAAUGAUUUUGAUUCGAACCUUAACAACUAUUCGAAAGAUUUUUGCUCUUCACCGAUAAUUGCUAAUUCCGUAGAUGGUAAUGUUACGACAAUUGGAAACGCCUAUGUAAUUGGGAAUAUAAAAUCGGGUAUUAUUGCAAACAAACAUGAAUUGGUGAAUUCAAUAUCUGACAUAUUUAAAUUAAGUCUUGAUCGCAAUGAUAAUCCGAAUGCUUUUAAUUUAUUUUUCACUUUUAUUGACUCCGGAACUACCGUAAUCUAUCCCUCAUUUUCUUCAGAAUUGUCAAAGAUUGAACAUUGUGAAUUUGAAAAUUUUCGGCAGCGCUAUUUCCCCCCACUCAUUUCCACAAUAAAUGAAUUAACUGUUAAAUACUCAGUUUUCCUUAUCGACAUACUGCCAAUUUAUACUUUGGUAAAUAACUCUAAUUUUUUGGAUAUAUUAGAAAUAAUCAACAUCUUGAUCGAUUUUCAUGGUGGCCAAGAUAAAUUAGCAAUCUUGAUAUAUGAUUCCUCCUCUCAAUCCAUCAUCGAAUAUUCUCAAUUUAUAGGACUUUACAAUGAAUUUUUUUACCAAUCUCAAUGCUCUAAUGAUUGGGAUAUCAGCUUAAUUCACCAAAAUCGUUCAGAAUCAAAUCUUAGAAUACAAUAUCCUCUUAAUGAAAUUUCUAAAAAGAAUUUGAAGCGAUUUGUGAGUUACACCUUGUUUAACAUUCUCCUUGGUUAUAAUGCUACAAAACCAAUAUCUAAAGAAAAAUAUCUAGAUAAUGAUUUGCAUCGAUUAUUAAAUGAAGCCUAUCAAAUAUUGCUGCACGCCAUGAAUAAUGAUAUUGAGACUCCUUUCGUAGGUGAUGCCUAUAUUCAUUAUAUCACAUCACGAAAAGUUUUUUCUCCUAUCCAAACCACCAGAAUGCUAAAAAUAUUAAGCAAAUGGAAACGAAUCAAGUCAUUGGUUAAGAUCAACACAAUAGCGGUAUCACUUGACAAUAACUUGGCGAAAAAUGGCGAAUAUAAGGAUAUUUUAAAUGAAAAAAGCGAUUUUAAACUUGAGAAUGGUUAUACUCCUUACAGUUUAUUUCUCCAGCGCUUAACUGAACGAAUUAAAUCGGACGGAGGAAAACUACGUCAAUAUGGGUAUCAAUCUACUACAGCUAUAUUUCAACCUAAUGGGCAUUUCUUGAAUUUAAAUCCGUCUUCAAUUUCUCGCAAUGCAUUUGAUCUCAGAAAACUGAGCUUAUUAAAAAUGAUCCAAACUCAGAACAUCGAACAAAUUCAAAGUGUUUCAAUGUCUUUUUCAAUAAAUUCGCUUGAUACCACAAAACAAUUUCACCAUAAGAACAAUUACUCCCAUACUAAUUUGAUUGCAUUUAGUAUUGCUUCGUUUUCCCAUCUCAAUAAUAUGGCUUUUAAUAAUUCAUCGAUAGAGUUUAGUAACCGUGAAGCGUGGAUUGGUGUAAUGGGUGUUAGUAUAAAUUUCGAAAAGAGCGCAUUCUGCCAAUAUAUUGUUUCCGCUAGGGGCCUUGAAGAAUUAACAUUAUAUCGAGGAAACCAAAUAUUUCUAAUUGAUGUGGAAAAAAUAUUCAUUUUACACCCACUUAUAAUAUGCUCCGAUAAAAAACGUUUUUUCGAUUUGGGGCCAUUGAAUUUGUCAUCUUUCUUUGAUGUUGCCACAAUUCCUUUUCUCCUGAUAAAAAUGAAAAAAUAUGAUACCGGACAUUUGAAUUUAAGCAAGGACAAUUUUAGUAAAAAUUUACAAAAGUAUAAAUGCCCCAUCGUUUUUACUUGGGAAAAAAUAUCAUCGAGUCCAUUCGUUUUGAGCUCUCUAAUAUUGAAAUGUAAUGAUGAUGAUAAUUUGAAGGUUACAUGUUUAAACGGUACCAAUAGGAUAAAUAAUUUUGAAAUUAAUGAUACAUAUCUUAAGUAUUUAUUGCCUACAAAAGAUGACCAUACAUUCUUUGAAAAAUGCCGACCAAUUGAUCAUACUGAUAUCAAAAAUCAAACAUUUGAGCACCUCAUAAACCUCGCCUCACACCAAAUUGACGCUUUUCUUAGUCAUGUUUAUUACAAUAAUAAAACUUAUGAGUCGAAUAACAAAAUUAAGCUUACGCCUACUCACAUUCGCAACUUAGAUUCAUACAUAUUACAUAGCCAUGUUACAUUUCUUGUUCCAGGGGUUCGAGAACAUAGAAUAUGGCAUCCUUUAGACAUUUCCCUUAUAUUGAAAUCAAUCGAUUCUCCACGAAUAAGAAUUAAGGAACCUGAAUAUAAAUUUGAGUACUCCCGUAUCAACAAAAUGAAUACAUCUCUAAUAAAUCACGUUAUAAAAAUAUCUUACAAACCAGCCAAUAAUAUUGGUUUAAAGGUCGAAAUUGCUAUUUCUGAACGGUUCUUAUAUAAACUUUUACUUGUAACGUUUCCAGCUUGCCGUUGUUCUUUAAUUGAAGAAAGGGAAGAUGAAUCAUGUGUGGAAUUUUACAGUCAUGAUGUUUCUGAUAAUUUUGAUAAAGUACGUUGCCUUAUUAUAGACUCAUUCGGAUACGUUCUCACAUCCUCAUAUUUUUCAUCUUUCAAUAUUGAUUCACGUUCUAACCCGAUAGUGGGCGAGCAUAUAAUACGUGCUGAACCGCGUUUUUUUGUCGACUUGGUAAGCGCAACGCCUGGAUUUCGCCCAGCAGUAACCUCAACCAGUUGCCUUAUUAAUAAAGGAUCUUCGGAAAUUUUGCGUUUCGGAUAUGCGUUUGCAACUACGAGUAUAAUAGAGGAUGAAUUACGCAAUUUCAUUGAUUUCAAAACAUCCUUCGAUAAUAAAAAAUGCAAAGAACCUUUUGUCUUGCUACCCAUUGAUAGAACUAACUUAUUCGUGGUGGUUAUAAGUAGGCCUCGCGAAUUAAAUUCCUCUCGUCAUGACAAGAUACAAAAAUCUGAACCUGAUUAUGGUUUAGGUGGUCAAUGUCCGGUUUUUUGCCCCUGUAGUAGAUACCAAAACACUUGUUUUGACUGCGGUCUUCGACUAGAAAAAGAGACCAAAAAAUAUAUAAACGAAAAAAGUGAAGACUUGUUAAAUUCGAUAGAGGCUACAACAGAUUGUGAAUGCCCAUGCGAGUGCGAAGUCAAAGAUGCCACAGAGUUUUAUAUAGCUAAUCAAUACGAUAAAGAAACAUUUUUAAGAUCUUCUUAUUUGACGACCCGUGGGUGUCUAAUGGAAAAACUCUAUUCCACCAUUCCGAAUUGUCCUGCCGACGAAUACAUUAUAAACAACGAUUUUUGUCAACAUUCGGAAUAUUUAAAAAUUGUUACAUCACAAAAUUGUCAAAUUCUUGGCUCCAAUUAUUUAAACUGUUUAGGCCUGAUAGGUUGUGAAUGGUGCACACACUUUUAUGAAAAACAGAAUAUGACGUAUAAUAUAAUACCAUUUAAAAACCCUUCUUGUUUUGCUUCAAUGAAUUGCACUGGUGGGAUCAAAAAUUUACCAGGCAAUUUUUCAUUCCAUUCUCUCGGUAAUAAGUAUGAAAAAUUGAACAGACAUCGAGAAGAUCUUCUAUUUGCUAAUAGUAACCGUUUUUACAACUAUAGGAAUGAUGAAGGAGGCGACUUCGAUGAUUCUAAAAUAAAUUCCAAGGUUCCAUAUUUCCGUAUGAUAUCUCUCGCUCCCUCCGAUGUCCCUUACAAAAUUAAAUCGAUUUCGAACGAUAAAACCCCCUUGCCAGCUAUUUUAGGAGGAAUAGCUGGGUGUUUGGGCUGUUUUGUUCUCGUGCUUUAUCUUUAUUUACAAGGACCGAAACGUUCUUCGACAAUCCUUUCCACAAGGCACAAUAUUAGGAGAAGAGAUGAGGAUUUGAUAAAUGAUCAAGAUCAAGAUUGUAGUAAUGAAUGUCAGACCAGUUUUCAAGAUAGCUUUUGUCAGGGAUUGGAUAGCCAUGAUACACUACUGCAUGUUGUGACCGAUCAUGGAGACCAAGGCAAAAAUAUGACUGUAACUAAUAAUAAUCAGUUGCCUUCAACCUCGUCAUGUAGGAGAAAAAUAGGAAGCGACCAUGGAUAUAGUACAAUGACUACUAAAGAUGAUUCUGAAAUCGCCACUAAUAGUGAAACUAUGUUUUCAGGAUCUGACGCAUCCACAGUAUUUAAAAAAUACAAAUUAUCGGACAUAUUGUCUAGAAACAACACCGUCCAAAUGAAUACAUUUAAAGAUAAGAACAUUCAUUUAGCUCAAACCCAAAGAUAUUAUUCUAAAGCAUCAAUACCUCAUGAAAAGCAACACCCUAAAAUUUUAAUAAAACGCGGAAAUUUUUUAUAUAAUAGACAUCAAAAUUGGCGCUCCAAACCGGUUACCCAUUUUAAAAAUGAUCUCACCAAUGUAGAAGAUGAGCCAAAUAUUAAUUUCGAUAAAACCAAACAUAUUUUAAAUUGUGGCAGAAUAAUUUACAAGCAAAACUUAUUGAAAGAUUUAAGAAUUACAGGGAAAACCCCAUUAUACAAUGAUAUAGAGGAAGAGAUAUUUGUAGAUGAUGAAGAAUAUAUACGAGACAAAUCAAAGAGGUCACCUUAUAAAGAAAAUUGUGAAAUAAUAGUCUCUCCCAUUUCAGCGCGUGAAAUAAAAUGCUGUGUUUGAAAAAAGGACGCGUUGCCGUUACUCGUUAUCUCGUGGAACGCGUUGUUACUCGCUAUUCAAAAAAAUUAACUCGUUACUUAAAAAUGCUAAAUAG